AUGCUAUUCAAUAUCUUCACCCACCCUCAGUUUAGCAUCGUUACUGAAGGUCUUUUAACAGACCCCGACCCAAACCUGUCCGCCUCUUCUCGUUUAUGUCUCUAUCCAAUGACAUUCGUUAAUCUGCAAGAGUCUCUCACUAUCUGUCGAUGGCGUGUCUGCCCGAAGCUAACGAACGAGCUGCGGCAACCUUCUGCACCAAAUUUACAUACCGGUGACGUCAUUGUAGGCUGUGCUUACUUUUUUCAAUCGCUUCCUUUGAAUGUUUAUGUCUUCUUUGUAAUUUUUUUUUUUGUUUUCUUUUUCUUUGUUCUUUUAGUGUCUUUUUUUCAAACAACGUUUCUUUCAUUCUUUCCUUUAUUCAACACUUUCUUUUUGAAAAACUUCAAACUUUUAUUUCAUGAUAUUCGCUUUUUUUUCAUCCUUUUUUAUUCAUUUAAUGUUCUUAUAAUUCUAUUCUUUCUUUCUUUUGUGACAUUACUUCAUUAUCCCUUCUUUUUCUCUUUCUUUUUAUUUGUGUUUCUUUGUUUUCGUCACGUUUAUUCAUCUUCCAUUCUUUUCUUCUUUCUUUUCUUUUUAUCUUUUUUCUUUUCUUUCCUUUUCCUCUCUUCUUUUAUACGUUCUUUUGUUUGUUGUUUUUCCUCUUUCAUUCCUUUUUUCUUGUCGUCCUUUAAAACUUUUCUGUUCAUGUCUUGUUCUUUCUUUCUUUCUUUCUUUCUUUCUUUCUUUCCAUUUCUUCAUCCCCCAAAUCUUCAACCUUCUCGUUCAAAUCAAUUCUUUUUUUUUUUCAGAAAAAUCUUUUCUUUAUUGUUUUCUCUAUAA